AUGUCUAUUGAUUCAUACAACCCGGAACAUUGGACUGUGUCAUCUAACCUGGCCCUUAAAAUCGCUAUUGUUGAUGAAGUAAGAUCAAUACAAUUUCACCCGACAUUCACAUAUCCAAUCUUUGGAGAGCAUGAGCAAAUCUUUGGGUAUUUCAAUUUGGAAAUCAAUUUAGCAUUCAACAGUACCACUAUGCUACCAUUGUUGGGGUUCAAAUUCUCUGAAAAAUUACCAGAUAGUGCUGAUUUGGAAGAUCCUCAAGAAAAAAUAUUUAGCUUUUUGCCAAAGGGCUCGACCAUUGUCAAUGAUGAAAGCAAAUGGGCUGAAGAAUAUGAGAAAGAACUUGCUAGUUUUAAAAUUCCAGGAACUUUGGUAGGAGAAUAUAACACCGUUGAUGGUAAAGAAUUUGGAGUUUAUAAAUCGCCGCUUUCUAAUGCCAAAACAAAGGAAUUUCACAGAAGAAUCCAGAUAUUUGUGUUACUUUUCAUUGAAGCUGGUUCAUACAUUGAUGAAACUGAUGAUAAAUGGGACUAUUAUUUCAUUUUUGAAAAAAAAAGUGCAACCAAUCCUCACCCAAAAUUCAUUGGCUUUACUACUGUUUAUUCGUAUUGGAAAUACCCGGGCCAUGAAGCUUAUGAUUCUGGCGAUAAAUUGGAACUUUUGGUGAGAAAGAAGAUUUCACAAUUCAUUAUUUUGCCACCAUACCAAGGCAAGAGGCAUGGGGAACAUUUGUAUAAAACAUUAGUGGAUGAUUGGUUGAGGGAUGAAAAAAUUUCUGAGAUUGUAGUGGAAGAUCCUAGUGAAGCAUUUGAUGAUUUGCGUGACAGGUGUGAUUUGGAAAGAUUAUCAAGUGAAGCUUUCUUCAAGAGCUCAAAUUUCCCUACAAUCCCAGUACCGGAUGAAGUCAUAAUAUCGAAGCAAGUGGAACAAAAGAUAGAAAAAAGACAAUUUGCUCGUUGUUUGGAGAUGGGAUUGUUGCAUGAAAAUCGUGUCCAUGGUAGCAAAAAGAUGGAGAAAGAUAUUAGAUUGCAAAUCAAAAAGAGGUUAUAUAUUAAAAACAAGGAAGCACUUCAGGGAUUAGAGGAGGCAGAUAAGCUAGAUAAACUACAGACAGCAUAUGAGAGAUUGGUAGAAGAUUAUGAACGCAUUAUGGAAAAGGUAAAGUUCAGUGAUAAAAGAGGAUCAGAAGCGACAUCAGAAGAAGCACCGGAACAGAAGAGGAUGAAGCACUGA